AUGACGCCAACUGCAGCAACUAGACAAGCCCAAUACUCAUCUAUAGGGCGAGCACCCACGUCAGCCUUGCCUGCUGAACUAUGGCUACUCAUCCUCGAACAAACGAGUAUCCAGGAAGCCAGUCAUCUCUGGCUCACAGUACGCCGCGUUUCACCACAGUUCAGGGAUCUCGUUGAGAGGCUGUUCAGCUCAAGUUAUCUCGCAGCGUUCGCCAUGACGCUUUCACUCCCGCGCCGCGAUCCCACUUCUGGAGCUCUGCUAUGGCCCGGUACACCAAUACCCCGCGCUCAAAUGAGUAUGUCAUUUUACGGCCUCAGUUCCGAUGGCCGCUACAUCCAUUUCAGAUCUCCGAGUGUACUCAGCGAAGGAACACGUGCGGAAAGCGUCGAAGAGCUCAAGAACACCUCUGUGCUACCGCUGAAACGACUAGAGGCCGCUGCAGUAUGGGUGCAUUUCACUCAAAACCAAUUGACCGGUCUCCAAAUGCAUGUACCACGACAUGUGAGCUGGAAUGGAGAACAGGGAGCAUGGAUCUGGAAGUUGGAGUGGAAGAAUCUCAUAACGCAAUUCUAUGAGAAGAAAAGAGAGCAGAGACUAGCGAAGGCGCCAAUCAGACCCAUGCCAGGUCGGCAAAGAUGGUUGAAGAGAGGACACGAAGGUGCAUAA